AUGGUGAAGACGCAGGUCAACCGGUGGCUCAUCAUGGCCACCGGUAUGUUGAUGAUGACCGUUGCCGGCACCAUCUACUUGUACCCGGACUAUGCCACGGCCCUUCGAGGCCAGCUCAACUUUUCAAUCGCUGAGAGCGCUCGCAUCGGCACCUUGCUCAACCUUGGUGCCUGGAUGACGGUGAUUGGUGGUAUCUUCUAUGAUCGCUUCGGUCCUUUGCGCACCGGCCUGAUCGGUGCUGUCACCACCUUUGUCGGCUAUUUCCUCAUGUUCCUAGCUGCCCAGGAGCGCAUCAUCCACACCUGGAUUGCCGUUGGUUUUUACGCCUUUAUCAUGGGACAGGGUUCAGGAUGGAUGUAUUGCGUGGCUCUCAACACGAGCGUGCAAAACUUUCCCGCCCGCAAUCGAGGAAAGAUCGUGGGCCUUUUAGCCUGUUGCUUCGGCCUCUGCUCGGGCAUUUUCACACGCCUUCACGCCGGCUUCUUUUCCGAGUCCGACGGCUCAAACGGCGGCGACAUUGCCCCUUUCCUUUUCUUCCUGGCCGUUACCACGGGUGGCCUUGGCCUUGCAUACACAUUCUUCCAGCAAAUUCUGACCGAAACAACCGUCACUCAAAAGCCUGCCGAAGCCCGACGGGUCGCCGCAGCCUAUGCCAUAGCAUUGGCCGUUGCCACAUACAUCGCGGCAUCCUCCAUCUCCGCCGCCUUCUCCAGCCACGAUGACAGCAGACCUUUGGCCGUGGGCUUGAUUGUCCUCGUAUUCAGCCUACUCCUUCUCCCAGUCGGCAGCGGGCCUUGGCUUCGCUUCGGCCGCCAAGCACAAUAUACGCGGCUCGCUGACGACCACGAACACCAUGCUGCUGAUACUCACAAACUACCUCCGUCCAUCAACGUAACCGCCACUUCCAACGCCCCGACCAAGACACACUACACCCUCCUCGAGGCCGUCACCUCUCUUGACUUUUGGCUCAUCUUCCUCGUCCUCUUCUUUGGUGUGGGCGCUGGCAUUUGCAUCGUCAACAACCUCCCGGAGAUUGUCAUUUCCCGUCUACCCCCGAGCGAAGCCGGCAGAGUGAUUGCCAGCAGUGAUGUGCCUCACAGCAAGGAUUCCUCCACCCUAGUCGCGCUGUUUAGCGUCUUCAACACGUGUGGUCGCUUGCUGAGCGGUUAUCUCUCCGACGCCUUUGCGCACCGUAUCUCGCGCCUGGGCUUCCUAGUCAUGGGUAGCCUUCUCAUGGGAGCUGUGCAGGUGUACUUUAUGUUUACCAGCAUCGACGGCAUGUACGGAGCAGUUGUCUUGCUCGGGAUCGCCUACGGUAGCUUUUUCUGCCUGGUGCCCGCUCUGGUCUCUGAGGCUUUCGGCAUGGCUACGUUUGGCGCCACUUUUGGCCUACAAGGCUUGGCUCCGGCCGCCGGCUCGGAAGUUUUUGGUACAGCCAUCGCGGGCAGACUGGCAGAUUCAUAUGCCAACCAUGCACACCUGACCGUCAUCACCAAGAGUGGAGACAAAGUGAUCCACUGUAUUGGUGCUGAAUGCUUCCGUUACAGCCUGCUGUGCACUGCGGGUGGUUGCUUGAUUGGUGCAGGAUUGGCACUGUGGAUGGCAUAUCGCCAGCGUCGAGGAACGGCCAACACGCUCAAGUUGCACGCGAGUUGA